UCUAAGUCAGGAAAACCACCGACAUCACAGAUGGCGUAUUUCAAACUGACCAUCCUUGUCAUAACGGUUGUUAUUGGAAUAUUGCAUGGUCCUGAUGAUGUAAGCUGUCAGAUAGUUCCAUCACCACUGGGAUUAGGAUUACCACCACCGGGAUUAGGAUUAUCACCACGAUUUCCACCACUACCGAGAUUAGGACCACCCAUUAUUGCUCCACCAGGUAGAAGGCUAUUGCCUAUACCUGUACCUAGACCGGUUCCUGUUCCUUCAACUAGAAGACGUUCCAAUGCAAGACGAGUUUUACUUGUCAACGACGGGGCCGUUAGUGGACCUGUUAGACCUGUUGGUGGAUCUGUCGGUGGAGGAUUUGGAUCGUUGUUGCCCGCGAUAUUUGUACCCCUUAUAUUAUUGGCAUUACUUAGUCGUCUAACUACGACUACAACCACUACAACAACUACCACUACUACACCAGCUACCACUAUGGCGGGAUAACUACCAAUGAUACACUGAAGAGAUAUAUUGUGUGUACCUAACGUGUGUUUUUGCUUAUAAAAACCGUAUUAAUUUGG